AUGGGUGACAACGAUUUCGAUGUGAUCAUCAUCGGUGCUGGCAUCAGUGGGAUCAACGCCGCGUAUCGCCUGCAAGAAGGGAUCCCAGACUAUUCCUAUGCCAUCCUCGAGGGCCGACCGGAGAUGGGAGGCACCUGGAGUCUCUUCAAAUAUCCCGGCAUCAGAUCCGAUUCCGAUCUUCACACAUUCGGGUUCGCCUGGGACCCAUGGAAAGAAGAUCGAUCCAUUGCCGAUGCAUCGUCGAUUCUCAACUACCUGAAAUCCACGGCCGAACGACACGGGAUCGACAAGCACAUCAAGUACCGGCACCAGGUAGAGUCUAUGAACUGGUCGACCGAGAAACAACAUUGGCAACUCGAGGUCACGGUCGACGGCACCGACCGGCGACGAUACUAUGCGCGACAGGUCCUGAUGGGCACCGGCUACUACGACUAUGCCCGGGGUCUGACCACUCAGAUUCCCGGCAUCGACAGCUUCCAGGGAACCGUCAUCCAUCCGCAAUUCUGGCCCGAAGACCUCGACUACACCGACAAGAAAGUCGUCAUCAUCGGCAGUGGGGCCACCGCGGUGACACUACUGCCCAACAUGGCGGACAGAGCCAAAUCGGUCACCAUGCUUCAACGAUCGCCCAGCUAUUUCCUGCCAGUGCCCCUAGUCGUCCCGAUGGACCGGUACAUCAAGAAAAUCCUGCCGGAGAAAUGGGCGUACAAACUGAUCCGGCUCCGCUUCCUGCUGGUGGGCUAUCUCUUCAUCCGGUUCUGUCGCCUAUUCCCCAACCAGGGGAUCAAGAUUCUUCGAGCCGCGACCGAGAAGGAACUUCCCAGCAAUAUUCCCUUCGAGCCGCAUUUCGUGCCAAAGUACAAUCCAUGGCAACAGAGGAUGUGUAUCACGCCUGGCGGCGACUUCUUUGCAGCCCUCCGCACCGGCAAGGCCGACAUCGUAACCGACACCAUCGACACCGUCAGUCCGACGGGCAUUCGUCUCCGGUCUGGAGCCAGUCUGGACGCAGACAUCAUCAUCACCGCAACCGGCCUGAAAAUCCGAUUCGGAGGCGGCGCCAAAAUCCUGGUUGACGGCGAUCCGUACCAGAUCUCCCAGAAAUACGUCUGGCGCGGCGCCUUGCUGCAAGACCUGCCCAACUUCGCCUUCGUCUUCGGGUAUACCGAUGCCAGCUGGACCUUGGGCGCGGACGCCACGGCUCAGUUGUGGGUGCGGCUGCUCAAGACGGCGCGAGCAAAGAACAUGACCAGUAUGGUCCCCCGGGUGGGCGAGACGGAAGAAGUCCUGGACAAGCCGCUGCUCAAUCUGAACAGUACAUAUAUCAAGGCCGCUGAGCAGGACAAUGUUCUCCCCAAGGGUGGUGAUCGUGGGCCGUGGCUGUUUCGGAGCAGUUACCUGAAGGACAUGUGGCAUGCCAAGUUCGGCGAUAUCCAGACCGGGUUGCAGUUCUAUCGGGUGUCGAGUUAA